AUGCACAUCACUCUCGGUCAGCAGCUCGGGAGGAACGCCGAGGCGUACGUCGAUGACAUAGUGGUCAAGUCGCGGGAACCAAGGACCCUUGUCGAAGACCUGGAAGAAACAUUCGCCCACCUGCGUAAGGUAAACCUGCGGCUCAAUCCGGAGAAGUGCGUGUUCGGUGUCCCAUUCGGCAAGUUGGUGGGUUUCCUGGUGUUGCAUAGAGGGAUCGAGGCUAACCUAGAGAAGGUCGAGGCAAUAGAAAGGAAAGGACAUUUUGAGAGGACUACGGAGGCCAAAGCGGCCUUCCAAGACCUCAAGAGGUAUCUCAUGAGCCCGCCGGUGAUGGUGGCGCCUCGUCCUCUUGAGCCCCUGGUGCUUUACGUGGCCGCCACACCCCACUCAGCUAGUGCAGCGCUCGUGGCGGUCCGGGAAGAGCGUGCAGGUGCGGGUGCGCUGUGUAGCGCCCCGCGUAUAGCCGCGCCAUUGCCACCUUACGAUGGCGCUCCUGAGGCCUCGACUACACCUUCGGACGGCAAGACUCCUGAGGCCCCCUCGUCUCAAGCGGAGAGGGACCUCGUCAAUACCUCUUCCCUUGUUGAUCACCCUGUGUACUUUGUCAGCAUAGUGUUGCGUGACGCACGCUCGCGCUACGCCAUGCCGCAGAAGCUCCUACUCGUGGUCCUCGUCGCCUCCAGAAAACUGCGCCACUACUUCCAAGGCCACCCCAUCAAGGUCGUCUCUGCGUACCCCCUGGAGAAGCUGGAGUUCAGCACCGCCAGGGUCAUCAAGGGCGCGGCCCUCGCUUAUUUCUUGGCGGAAUGGAAGGAUGCCCCCGACCAGGGAAUGAGCGAAGACCGGUCCCUCGUGCUCGGAGAUGAGGCGCGCGACGGCUGGGUCAUGUACUUCGACGGCGCUCGCACGUAUGGCGAGAAGGUCUCCAACAACAUCACAGAAUACGAGGGCCUGAUCGCUGGCCUCAAGGCUGCGGCGGCCCCGGGGGUCAAGCGUCUCACUGUCAAGGGCCACUCUCAGCUCCGCAUCAACUUCUCCAACAAGGAAUACAAGCCUAAGGAUGAGCACAUGGAAGCAUACUGCUACCUCUUGAGCUUGCAAACUCAAGAGGGCUGCUGGACCCAAGAGUUCAAGGCAUACCUGCUCCGCGGCACCCUGCCGGAAAAGGAGGAAGAUGCGGAACGCGUGGCUCGUAAGGCCACCGCUUAUUGCUUGCAGGACGGCGAACUUUAUCGAAGGCGCCCCAAUGACGUCUCGUUGCAGUGCAUAUCCAAGGAGCAAGGGCGCGAAUUGCUGGCUGACAUCCACGGCAGGGAUUGCGGACACGAUUCUUCGUCGCGCACCCUCGUGGGCAAGGUAUUCCGCAGCGGGUUCUACUGGCCCAUGGCGCUCAACGAUGCCACCGAGCUGGUGCGAUCCUGUGAGGCCUGCCAGUUCCACGCCAAACAGAUCCACCAUACCGCUCAAGGCCUCCAGACCAUCUCGCUCAUGUGUCCAUUCGCGGCUGAGGUGGUGCACCCAUGGAGUAACAGCCAAGCUGAACGCGCCAACGCGGAGGUACUGACGGGCCUCAAGACGAGAAACUUCAAGAAGAAGCUCGAGGCCUGCGGCAGGGGUUGGCUCGGUGAGCUUCAUUCUGUGCUGUGGUCCAUCCGCACCACUGCGACUAAGCCCACCGGCGAGACCUCGUUCUUCAUCGUCUACGUGGCUGAGGCGGUCCUCACACACGAGGUCAAACAUCUCUCCCCGUGGGCUUGGCGUUUGACGAGGCAUGCCAGGACGCCUCGCAGGGGAUAG